GGUGACUCAACCUUUGCUAGAGGAGCGUUUAUAGUUGUAUUUUCUGCACAAAUAUGACACUUCAGUGGACAUUCGCAGCUGGUUUUCUUUACGCUGAGAUAGGCGUUCUCCUUUUAUUCUGUUUGCCUUUUAUUUCUCCUAAACGGUAAGAUUUUGCUUUCACGAUUUUCUCACACGGCAUCACAGCUGCAUCAGCUGUAUUCUUUUUGCACUGAAAUGGCUUUGUUUUUAUCUUAUACCUUUUAGAUGGAACCAGAUUUUCAACUCCAGGAUUGUAUCAACGUUAUUUGAAUAUGGAAAUUUCUAUUUCAACGUGGUUGUGAUAGUAAUGGCCCUGUUACUUGCUGGUAAAUUUUGUUUAUACAUUCAAUAGUAAAAUGCGAGUUUGGAAUGAGCUUUGGUCUAGCCAAUCCUAGUUGGAGAUUGUCAAAUAGAGAUUUAUUAAUACUUUUAUAAAUUGAUUCUGAUUGUCGAGAAUCCCUUGUUCGUAAUGUAAUUUUUCAAGUCUUUCUCAAGUUUUUUGAUUCUACAAUAGGUCGCUGAUCUCCAUGGUAAGCUUAAUGAGCUAGCAUGUUUUUGUUUUUCUGCUUUUCAAGUAAACUGUUUAUAACCUCUUGAUGAAUGCAAGAUAUCCAUAUUGAGUACGCAUCGAUCUAAGCUAGUGAAAACUUAAUAAAAAGGGAAAAUAAUCGCGAAUACAGGGUGGUGUUAUGAAUUUUUUGUAGAACUUUGUUUCCGGGAAAGUAAGGAAAGUGUCUUUCACUUUCUACUUUGGAAAUUAAGGGCGAGUCAUCGUGUUCUAUAUUUGGCAAGGAUGUACUUUGUUAAGAAUGUUUAAGGUGAUAACAUUGUUCUUUGAGGUGAUGCAACAUAACAGGUGAGAGUAAAUGUACUAAAUUUUCAAAUGCAUAUUACGGUAUUUUCAUGCUUUGGAAUGGAAUUGAAUUGUUUCCCAUUAUUCUGGCCUUAAUAAGUUUAAAGUGCCAUCCCAGUGGAGGAUCAAAACAAUUCACAAUUAUGCAAACAUUUUUUUGGUAUUUUACUCUUUGAAAUUUUAUAUGGCCAUUACAAAAAACAUUCUAGAAAUGCUUGGGAAUAUUUAUUUACUAAAAUAAUACUUGCGAGCUGGGCAAAUAUCUAAACAAGUAAUUACUAAUUACUAUUAAUUACUUACUUGUUAAGACUUAACUUAAAUAAUUAUUAUUUAAGGUGGUUGAACACAGUUUUGGCAGUUUGUGAGCGUAUGUCAUUUGCCAAAUCAUGACAAGAGAAAGGUUGCAGCUCACAAGCUGAAACUUGGCAAUUGAAAAAUAUACUGAUGAAAGAUUUUGAUUGACAGGUAAAAUGUGAUGUUUUUGUAGUUUCCAUGGCAACAUGAAUGACUGAAUACAACCUUAAAAUUUCACUUUUGCUCACUUUACAUAAAAUUCAAUCAUUAGAUUUUCCUAAACUUGCUCACAGCUUACUAUUAAUCAUUACAAUUUGAAACUUAUUUGGCCAAAUUUUAACAGAGGGGUUUUUAGAUAAUCAGUAAUACAAUAAUUGUACUGUAAUUGUUAAAUGUGUCACAAAAUUGGUCUGUUUAACUUCCAUUUUAAAUUACUCAUUAUAUAAAAUAAUUAAAAGUAAAAAUUCUGUUAAAUGUCACAAAAUUUUAAUGAGUAGAUUUUGAGAAAUCGUCUUCUGUGUACUAUUUUUUGUUUUUUUUAUUUCAUUUNGUAAGGAAAGUCUCUUUCACUUUCUACUUUGGAAAUUAAGGGCGAGUCAUCGUGUUCUAUAUUUGGCAAGGAUGUACUUUGUUAAGAAUGUUUAAGGUGAUAACAUUGUUCUUUGAGGUGAUGCAACAUAACAGGUGAGAGUAAAUGUACUAAAUUUUCAAAUGCAUAUUACGGUAUUUUCAUGCUUUGGAAUGGAAUUGAAUUGUUUCCCAUUAUUCUGGCCUUAAUAAGUUUAAAGUGCCAUCCCAGUGGAGGAUCAAAACAAUUCACAAUUAUGCAAACAUUUUUUUGGUAUUUUACUCUUUGAAAUUUUAUAUGGCCAUUACAAAAAACAUUCUAGAAAUGCUUGGGAAUAUUUAUUUACUAAAAUAAUACUUGCGAGCUGGGCAAAUAUCUAAACAAGUAAUUACUAAUUACUAUUAAUUACUUACUUGUUAAGACUUAACUUAAAUAAUUAUUAUUUAAGGUGGUUGAACACAGUUUUGGCAGUUUGUGAGUGUAUGUCAUUGGCCAAAUCAUGACAAGAGAAAGGUUGCAGCUCACAAGCUGAAACUUGGCAAUUGAAAAAUAUACUGAUGAAAGAUUUUGAUUGACAGGUAAAAUGUGAUGUUUUUGUAGUUUCCAUGGCAACAUGAAUGACUGAAUACAACCUUAAAAUUUCACUUUUGCUCACUUUACAUAAAAUUCAAUCAUUAGAUUUUCCUAAACUUGCUCACAGCUUACUAUUAAUCAUUACAAUUUGAAACUUAUUUGGCCAAAUUUUAACAGAGGGGUUUUUAGAUAAUCAGUAAUACAAUAAUUGUACUGUAAUUGUUAAAUGUGUCACAAAAUUGGUCUGUUUAACUUCCAUUUUAAAUUACUCAUUAUAUAAAAUAAUUAAAAGUAAAAAUUCUGUUAAAUGUCACAAAAUUUUAAUGAGUAGAUUUUGAGAAAUCGUCUUCUGUGUACUAUUUUUUGUUUUUUUUAUUUCAUUUCAUUUAUUUCAAAGUACAACAGUUACAACAAUUACAGUAAUUAUCACAUAGCAUACAUGCACACACAGACUACACUCUGAAGCACACAUGCAAUUAUACAAUUACUACACAUGAUCAGCCUAUUUAAAGCUAUGUCAUUAUUUUACAAGUGUUUUUUUAAAAAAAGAGGAAACUAAAUAAAGUAGAUUACAAAGUCCACUUGUUCAUGUCCGUCUGUGUACCAGUGUUUUUUAUGCCGCCAUGUUUGUUUGUCUAAUUUAAAACACGCACUGUCAUGCAAGUUACCGCUGACUGCCAGUGAAACUGUGUUCAGCCACCUUAAGUUAAGUCUUUACAAAGCCAGCACCUUCUCCUCAGUUUCUUAAAAACCCUACAGUUGUAAGAGUUAGUCUGGCCCAGGGUUUGAACCAGAUUAUUAUUUAAAUGAAUUUAAAUUUAAUAUUGAUAAUUAGUUUUUAUUUUGAAUUAUUUAAUGUCUACCUUUGCAGAUUCUAUUCGAGAGACAAGGAAAUAUAGCAAAAUUGAAACAACACCCACUGACCUACAAAAUAAUCCCCAAGCUGAAAUGUUGGCUCAUAUGAAACUCUUCCGUGCUCAGCGCAAUCUCUACAUUUCUGGAUUUUCUCUUUUCCUUCUCAUGUAAGUUUGCUAGUGGUCUAAAUGAAUCUCCCUUCCUGCGACUUCAUACAUGUAAAUGUACAAUAACUUGAAAAUAAAUGGAGUGUCAAAAGUUACUUUGUAAUGUGGUGAAACCUGCUUUACCCAUAUAAAGGACAAACCAUUUGCAAUGCACUGCACAGACAUGAGGGUAAAAUAAAAUUUUAAUUUGUUUUUCUUCAAACAUAGCCAAAAAAGUUCAGUAUUGUAGUCAACAGUUUCGAUAUCUGUCAGCCAUCUUAAAAAAGAACCAGGGGUGUCGUUUAAUUAUUAUGCACAUAAUGCAAAGUCACUCUCUCCAAACUGUCAACUACAAUACUGAACAGGGUUUUCAUUACCCCUUUAAACCAUAAGAUCAAAAUUUGAAUUCUCACUUGUUGCUCCUAUUCAUUUCCUACAGAAGUAAUGAGGAGAAGUUGAUAAAAUAUCAUGCAAAUUCAUCUUUUGUGAUCAUAUCAGUAAUUCUCAUGACCACUCUGUUUUACAAAGCAUUGAUAUUACAAGGAGAAAUUUGAUGCUGCUCACUAUUACUGAAUUUUGUUUAAACUUUGAUGGUUUUUUCUUUGCAGAGUGUUGCGCCGUGUCGUGAGGCUUCUUUCUCAUUGCUCAGUUCUUGAAGCUUCUAAUGAGGCCAGUCUGAGGCAGGCUCAGAGUGCUUCUGACCAGUGCAAGCGGCUUAUGGAUGAGAAUGAAGAACUAAAAAAGGUAAUUUGUAAAGUAAAAUCUCAGGGGGAAAAAAUGACAUUAUAAGGAUAGCACAAGUAUUGGUGACCCAGCAGUGUUCACCUUGGCCCACAAAUAUUGUAUUUAAUGGUCAUUUUACCUGAUGGUACUGCUAUUUUACAAGGUCAUAUGCGCCACCUGACAGUCUAGCUGCUUGCAGUACUAGAGCAAAGCAACAACAUUCAUUUCUCAGUUAUUUUAAGACCCUUAGUUUUGUUCCAGCCUGGGAAUUUAAGCUGCGACCUCCCACUUGUGCUAUACUUACUGAGCUAAUCCUGCUUCAGUUAAAGUAACAGAGUAGCCGAAAUCAAUUUUCUCCUCAUGGUAACAACACAUGAUCAAGAGAAAACACUUAAUGAAUUACCAGUAAUAAAAUGAUCAUCAAAGGCAAUCAUCCUUAGCCACACUUGUAAAUAGCCAACUGGUUUGUUUGAGGCCAGUAGUUGGGGUUCUUAUUAACGAUGUUCAUUUUAAAAUAAUGUUUGUUUCUGUUGUUGACGCUCAAAUAAAGUGCCUCUUUUAUGUCUGAGCAGUCCUUGGAAGGCGCCAGAGGGGAAUCUGGAGAAGGUGGUAUAGGCGAAGAUGAAGUGGACAAACUCAACCAAGAGUUGAAGGACAUGAGAGAUUCUCUUGCAGAAAAAUCCAAAAAGCUGACAGAGAGGACUGAAGGUGCAGCUAAGUAUGAUGGUUUUAGCUUCUGGGUCAAAUUCAAAUGUGGAACACAUACUGUGUUGCUCGAAAUUUUUGCAGGUUCUAAUUCUUGCAAUUUUCCCAGCGAUCCGCUGUAAGUUACGGCAAAUAAAAAUUGCCACAAACAUUUUUCCCACAAAAAAUUGACUCCAGAACAAAUAUUCUCUAACUUGAAUUCACUACACAAAAAUACAGGACUAAGAAAUCAUGUCUGUCAAUUACAAGUUGCCUCUUUCAUUCAGUAACAAAACAGUAUACUGUGAAUUACUGGUUUUAUAUAGGGUAUUGUUUGAAAAUAUGUAUUUCUAUGGCACGUAUUGAACAAAAACGAAAAUAUUAUUAAUGCUUCAAUGCUGGGUACUGGGUAACUUUCUAAAAAUUGCAAAAAUAAUUUCCGUCAAGAUAAACCAAUCUAUCCUAAUGGCAAAAAUUAGUUCCCGUAAAACACAAAAAAUCGCAAAUCCGCAAAAAUGAACUGCAGCAACAAUUUUGUGCCACACGGUACAUGUAAACUUUUUCAUAAUAUGAAAAUAGAUGUAAUCUGUCACUGUAAGAACUGUACAUUUAUUUUAACCAAAGAUGAGACCGUUGAUACCAUAAAAACUUGUCAGUCUUAACUUUUUCUGUUAGCAUCAGUUUAUUGAUCAAGAUUAUCUACUGAACAAGGUCUUCCCCAUGACAUGUACAUAAUAAAUCAACGACCUGUUACUUGCAUUCAGUGGUUUGCUGUUCUAGCACUUUUCUUUUCAGUGUCUCAAUUUCCAAGUUUGAAUGCAAUUAUGUAUAGCUAUACAUGUGUAUGAGUGUGACCAAGAGAUGGACAACGGUAGUGAAAAUGAUAUAUGGUCUGUUUUUGCAUGUUAGGUAGUAAACCCAAGAACAAUGAGUCAGAAAGCAACACUUCUGAUCAUCUACUGAAGUGUGAUCUCUAUUUAGGUUUUUAAAAGAAUAUUUGCUAUUCCACCUUUAAAUACAGAGCUUGAGAAGACAAAGAAAGAUUUGGCAGCAUUAAAAGAGCAAGCUGCUGGACUAACAAGAGAGUAUGACAGGCUUUUGGAUGAGCAUUCUAAAGCACAGGUAGGCAAUGUAUAGUAGAGAGGGGAGACACAAUAACAUGCUGUCGGUAGGGGAAGGUCUGCUCAGUCUGCCUUGAAGCUGAAGACUGCUAGUGAGUUUGACAGCUUUUGGAUGAGUACCCUAAAUAAAGCACAGGUGGGUAAGGAGGGAGGGAGGGAGGAAGGGAGGGAAGGGGUAUGAUAACACACGUACAGGAGGGGAGGAGAGGGUCGGUUUGCCAUGAUGGAGCUAGCUGCUGGACUACAUGUAACAAGAGAGUAUAACAGGCUUUUGGAUGGACACUCUAAAGUAAAAGUGGGUAGGGAGGGAGGGGACAUUUGUUAUAAUACACUAAUAGGAUGAAAGGGGAAAGUAGUACACAAAAUGUUUUGUGGGGGGCCUGCUAUAAAGGCCACAUUUAAUUUGAGGGCACAAUUGGCAUUCAGUAAAAACAGCUAAAUUCUCUCCUCGUCAAAGUUUGUUGUGAUGACUUGACCAUCAGUUUUUAUUGAGUUGUGAGCUCUAUUUGUUAAUUUUUUUCUUUCUUUCUUUUUUUUUUUUCAAAGGCACAGUUGGAAAAAGAUGAGACCCAAACUAAAGAAGACAAGAAAGACAACUGAGAUGGUUGGGUGUAUGGCCAGAGAUUGGCCAGGGAUCACUAAACCAACAAACUGCCGAUUCUAAUAUAGUUUACAAGAUCUAGUCUUGUAACACACUGGGGAAUUUUUAUGUUUGAAGAUCAGUGAGCAAUAAUCCAUGUGUUAUCCACCUGUGUAAAUUAAAAACAGAGUUCAAAAGGAUUUAAACUUCUAAAUAAAUAGCUACUACACAAAUACAAAGAAAACAGUUAAGUAAAUGUAUUGAGAAAAUAUGAUUUGUAACCAUGAUCACCGACAAUAAAAACCAAGUUUUGUUUUGAGGUCAUAAUUAUACUCUUAUAAACUUAGGCAUUUAUGGGUUAUAUUCCCAUGUGAACAAUUUAAGGAAUCAUGUCAAUGGACGUUUUUGUAAAAAAAAAAACAUGUUCUCGAAAUUGGAUAAGUUUGUAAAGGAAUAAAGUG